CUUCCGUUUGUACCGGAAGAAGCGCCAAAAUCGAAUUUAUUUUUUCUGCUGUAGAAGAGCGACCAAAAACAAAGACGUGUUAGCUUUUUAACGAAUUUGCCUUCAACUGUUUCAAAACAUUUUGGACUCUUACUUGAAAAUGGACCCGACAUCACAGUUCUUCUCCAAACUGAGAAAACUGGCGGUGACUUUAGAGUCAGAAACCGCCAGGCUCCAAAACGCCUUCGACAACCGCAAAGAUGACGGUGACAGCGGCGAGGCACCCGAAAACACAACCAGAGGGAUGCGAGCCUAUCAUGAGCUGAAUAGUGAAGUUGGUAAUCUAAAGGUACAGAUCCAGAGUGAGUUGGCUGAGCAGAAAGCACAAGAAAAUGAGGUGAGCAGCUUCAUUAAAGCCUGUAAAGUGAUGGAACAGAAGGUCUGUAAAGACAUCCAAACACUCAGGACACACCUGGAGAAGUAUGGUUACCAAGCUCCCAUCCAGAGACCAGUUAAAUCAAAAGAUCAGGAAGUGGAGGCUGCAGAUAAAGUAGAAGAACAGGAUGAAAUGAACACAUCUGUAGGAGAUGAGGGAAGCCAGGAGGAGGAUAAAGAGAUUUGCUGCUCAUCAGCUCAGAAAAUGGAACUACCCUUCACUAAUGUGAUGCACACCCCUCAGCUCUCAGACUUUGGUCUGUCUGAGCUGCAGCUAAAGAGAGCUCUGGCUGGGUCGGAGUGGUGCUCUGAAGUCCCCCCUAUGCCUGAGAUGAGCCUCCCACACCUUUCACUUAACACACCUGCACCACCCCACAUGGCCAUAACUCCUAAAUGCACCCUGCGGAUGGAUGAUGAUGAGCUGCAGACUCCCCAGAUGCAUGAUUUUGGUAUCUCAGAGCACACCAUGUGUCUGAACAAUGAUUUCACUAUGGACCUUUUCCAGAAAAAUAUUAAAAAUACGCAAAGACCACCGGAAGACAUACCUGCGCCAUCAAUGAACUCUGUAGUGGAGAGUUUGCAGACAAAAGUUAACAACAUGGUAUCCCCAGAGCUGCCUGUACUUUGUACCCCAGGGUUGAAGAUAAAAAAGCCAAAUGGUCCGUGCUCCCCACCACCACAAAGUAAUGGUCACCCAGAAUCCCCAUGCUGUCCUGAUAUCCUUCCUACUACCCCUGAGGUCCCAGCGUUUCAAACCCCAUAUGUGAACCGACUGGUCAGCACCAAAAAGAGCGCACGGCAGCCCGAGCCUAUCGACAUGCAGACUGACGAUGACGCCAACAUCUUUGAAAUUCAAACAUCUCCAUGUAACAAAGCAGCUGGCUCUAAACGCUCCUGGGAAUAUAAUGUGCCACAUAUAUCUAUUUUUGAUACGGAGGACAAGCAGAUGCCAGAGAUGCCCAACCUGGAGUCUGCUCUGGGAAACUCUUUACAGAGUAGAAAUGGAAAAAUCCUAAAGAUGAGUGAGACUGAAAAGGUGGGAAAGGACCGCACUGUCAACAGUCUAAAGUUAGAUGGACCAACCCAGGAGUUCAGCUUGGGGACCCCUCGCGUCAGGACAAAUUUCCAAGAGCCCAGCACCCCCGAGAUGCCAGACCUCAGCUCUGUUACACAGGACAUAUGUAAACUUGUGUCCCAGGCUCAGAUGAAGAAGACGGCCACUGCAGAUAUCCAGCCAGUUAAAGACAAACACGGUUCUCUUCCACAAGCUGAGAGUUUGUCUGUGGUGUCACAGAGUGAGUUCCAGACAUUACCAAACUACCUGAGGCGGAUGAAUCUGAGCAGCCUCAACCAGGCAGUCCACAACAUCAACCGAUAUAAAGAGGAACAUCAAGGAGAAAUGAAUGAAUUGACUACAGAGGUGCUGAGGCAGAUCAUCAAUGUCGGGACCAUGGCCCCCAUAUACAUCAUCUGUCUACAAGAGCUUAAGAGGCUGACGCAAGUAGAUGGAGUUUUGGGCACCGCUGCGUACAAACUGAUCACACACAACUAAAGGUUGCUGGACUUAUAAAAGACUUUAUCUUUAAGGUAAAGAAACUGAUCUGUAUGCUGCAAAAAGGCUCCUCAAAGUCUGACAGAGUGGACAUGGUUGGUAUUUAGACUGUAAAUAGUUUCAGUGUAUGGUUACUAUUUUGUGGUUUAAUGAAAACAAACUAAUAAAGUUGCACAUGAGUUUUUAGCUGAGUAAAGGAAAUAAAAUAAGCUUCAGCAAUGGAGGUCGAAACAAGUCAUCUAUGGUUGCAGUGCGGCAUUUGACUUGGAAUUAAUAGAGAUAAACUAAAUGACCUCAUUUACACUAUUUAACCCUAAAUUUAGUCUGAUUUCAGAAUGUCCUAAAUUUGUUAUCAUAACAUUGUUUUUUCUCUUUUUUUUCAAAUGCAAGUUUUAUAACUUUUCCAGUAAAGGACAGUGAAACAGAAGCCAACAAAAAGCUAAAAUUUGACAAAUUUGUUAUGUAUUUAAAAAAUAAAUCGUUGUAUUAAAAGUUUAAAUCCCUGUGCUU